GAUGUCAUAACCUCGUUGGCGGCGACUUACGGCUCUGCCAUUCCUACUUUAUUUACUUUAAUAAUUCUGUAUUAAACUUGACGAACAGCGAAAAUGUUGACGCUGCGCCGUGGAGAGCAGUUGCGUGCGCGUCUCCAUGCAGUCUGUCGCCGCUACUUGGCCAUCAAAGCGGAGCCCAAGGCUGUGGCCGUCGCUGAUUCGGAGUACAGCGCAGAGCCGGAGUAUCCACCAAUUCGGGAUACCAGUUUUAAGGCACGCAAGGCGCAAACGGCUGCCGAGUGGCACAGUGAGAUACGUGAGGUGGCCACCGUUGAGGAGAAAAUGAUAAAAGUAAAUAUGCCGCGUUAUUAUGGUUACAAGGUGGUGGAUCUCACCGACUCCUCCGUGCCCUACAAUGCCCUGCCGCUGACGCAACACUACACGCGCACUGUGCUGGAGGAGCUGCCGUUAUUGCAGUCCACAACGGAGUCCGACAACAAGGCGAAGAUGGAUGCAAUUGUGAAGGCGGCACGUGAGGACGUUAUUGAGGCAUUGGAAUACGCUCACGAUCUCUACAAGCAUCAGCUGACGCUGCUGCAGACGCCACCAGAUGCCGUGACACGGGAACGACAAUUGACACAGAUCAUCUUGGAGCAGAUUAAUCGAGCUGCUUUGCAGGUGCUUAGCGCGGACUACGCGCACCUGCAGGAUAUCGAGAUUGAUUACAAUCCACGCCACGAGGCCUUUUGGGCAGUCGGUGGCGUCGAUCCCCCCAAGAAUGUUGUCAAAUCGAAAAAGGGCCGAGAAUGGCAGAAAGAAGAUGCCAACGACAGUGUGGACCGUCUGGUGCAAUACACCGGUGAGCCGUACCUGGCGCUGCGCCAUCGCCAUCAGCUGCCGACGUGGAGGACAAACGAGGAGAGCGAGAACCUGGCGCUGGCCAAGCAGCUACCACGAUAUAAGCACGAUGCACGCACCUUGGGCUACAGCACAAAGCAUCAGCAUGCGAUUAAUGUGCCCGGCUAUUGGCCCAGUGCCAAUGCACCCAACUUUGGCCUGCUCUCGUUCCAGUCGCGUGCCCAUCUUCAGCUGCGUCCCAAAUCCUAUGGGGAGCGUGAUGAGCAGGAGGCAUUGCAUGCACUGGCAAUUCAAUCAUCUUAUGCCUGGCUGCUGGCACAGGCUAAUUACAAUGGCUUCAAUACCUACAAUGAGUUGACCUAUCCGCUGAACACUCAGACUGUGAUCACCAAUGGACGCGACUGGAGUUUCUACGAGUAUCAGCUGAAUACACUGCUCAUUCAUGGUUCAAAUGUCGAUGAGAAUCGCCGUGUGAAUUUCUGUCGCGGCACAGCAGCACAGCCACUGUAUGCUGAAAUCUCGCCCGAGGGUAAAUGUGUGGACUUUAAUGAGGCGACGCUGCGUCAGUUGCUCAUCCUUUACAGCAAUGUGCCCAGCAUUCAACGUACUGCAGAUGAGCUGCUUCCCUAUGUGAAAGGACCGACGCUGCGUCGUGUCGCCGACUACGAGCACGCGGAGAAACGUGAAUUUCUUGAGCAAAUGUUCAAGCAUUUGGCGUCUAAGCGACAGCGUCACUUGGAGCUGCCUGAGAUCUACAUGUGGGAGAAGCUCUACAAGAUCGAUAACAGCACACGCAACAUGGAGGCGCGUCGUCGUUUCUUUGAGUUGGACAUUAAUCCGUGGCGUCGCACACUCGACCAGCACGACAAGGAGUAUGUGCCGCGUGCGGUGCGGCCGGGUGGACGCAAGGAUCGCGAGGGUCGCUUCAAGAAAACCUACUAUCCAUAAACACUACUGUUGUCCCAUUAAUAUUUUUUCUUUUUUUUUAAUUUUAAAAGUGUAGCAACUAUUAAUUAAAAUAAAAUUGUUUUGUUGUACAAA